CUGUCUGUAAUGGAUUACUUUUGUGAGUAACUUUUCCAACACUGAUUAUUACACAUUUCAUUUUAGCACAUGACACAAUACGCUCAAAAUUAUCUUAUUACUCCUAACUCUCCGCAACCUGACAGCGAGGCGAUGAAUACAUCUCCGUAAGCGGUUACUCACAUCGUAAAACGUGCCUCUACCAAUGUUACCGUGAGGGCGUAUGCCAGUCCAUCUCAGGGCACUCAUUCAUACACCAUGUGCAAACUAGACACCAGUCAGCAAAACUACAUCUAUUUGGACUAUGAGAGGAAAAAUCCGUAAGACAUGGGAAACACGUACGCAGAGCGGGGGCGGGAUUCGUUCCCACGCCCGGGCCACCGUUCCGCCCUAUUAAAAGUCAUUCAAGUAAUAUUUACAUAGCUGGCAAACGCGGAAUCGGUUCGCGUCAAUAGCGCCAACUUCUCGCGAGAUUUUAGAAGAACGUGGUUGGAUUAUAAAUGCUGCCUGUUGAGCUUAUGCCUGAACACCACUGGUUUAGUUUUCCCAAAGUGUAGUUUCAAUACGCUAUACAGACAGAAAGGAAAAAUGGUAUCCCUGCUGCACAAUAAUUCAAUUAUUCCUAUAUUAAGGCAUAUACAAAUGAUUUACAUGCUUGCUUUGAAGCAAGUACAUUUAGUAGACGGAGUCGGGGAGGGUGUGUUUUGUCAAAGUGGAACAAUAUGUACCGGUUAGUUCUGCAGAGGAAAAAAGCACCACACCAGAACAGCAGCAAAAAAAUGUACCACUUGGGCCAAAUCGCGGCUCUUCGGCCAUGUGACCCAAACAUGUGAAAAAAAAAAAGUUAUGAUUAUCCACAAACUCCGAUGACGUUAAAUCAGGAGGAGCCGCGCGUCCCGGCGUACUGUGGGUUGGGAGAGUCCGGCGAUGCUCCAGCUUCUGAUUGGACGGGCCGCUCCUCCCCCCCCCCCAUGCGGACCAGAGCGCGACUGCUUUGCGCGCGUGCCGCACAGCUGGCGUCGGUUCUGCGCUCCACCUCGGGACGGCGCGUCUCCCGGAGUCACUAAAUAAGGGAAAAGGGAGGGAAAGACAGAACCUGAGGAGAAAAAAAAGUUUUCCGGGAUGAGUCGCUUUUUGCCUAAUGAUGUUCUGCCGCGCCGGCGUUCCUUGCAGUGCGCUUGGUUUCAAUUUCCAUAGCUAAUUCCAGCUGUGUCGUCGCCGAAAUUGUGUAGCCAGCAAAGCUAGUAAGUUUCGGGAGGCGGAGGAGGUGGAAGCCUGCCUGUGUCUGUCUGCCUGGAUCCAUGCUCGGCCAAGGGAAAUCCUCCGGAUGGGAGCUCAGCACUCUCAAGCCGAGCUUUGGCUGACGGACUGAAGCGACUUCGGGGAAACCUCGCCGGCCGUGGAGUACGUGAGGAGGACGAUGACUUCUCAAGUCGACGGCUCAUUCAGACGAGCUUUGAAGAAGCCGCCGCCGCUGCGGACGGCCGAGGACUUGAGCACCAUUUACCACCAUCUCUACAACAUGGAUGUCUUAUCGCAUCUUAGGGAGCACCAGCUACGGUCGAUGUGCAACUCUGUCCGGUACGAGAGACACGAAGCCAACCACAUCCUGUUCUGCCCCGAGAACUUCUCAACAUGUUGGUACAUCCUUCUGACCGGCUCAGUGUUUGUGAAGGAGCAUAUGUUUCUGGCCAGAUGCUGCUUCGGCAGACAGCUGGGGGGCCGCAGAGGCUGUGAAUGCAUCACGCUCCAGCCAUCGGAGAUGAUCGUGGUGAGUGGCACCUUCUCCGCCUCCCGUCCCCCGCUGUCCCGGUAA